AUGGUAGCUUUGGAGAGAGACGAAGCAAAGUUACGAAAGGUGAAACAAAAAGAAGAGCUGCGACAAAAAUUGGUAAAGAAAAGGAAAGAAGUUGAAGCUCUGAAAGGUUUGGACAUUUCAUCUUUCAACAAAUCUAAUGCAAGCAUGGCUACGGCUAGCAAUUCACAAGAAUCAGUAGAUAGCAAAACUUGUAAAAGCAAAAGCAGUGUUUUAAACUUAGCUUCAGUUACCAUAGCUGAUUUAAGAAAAUCCAAGUCGUUAAGAAAACAGGCAAAUAAGCAAAUUAAAGAACUGGGUUUAGUAGAGUCAAGUUAUUCCAGUUCGGAUAGUUCAGAAUCGGAUAGCAACUCUGAAACAGACAGUUCUGAUGAAAGUAGUGAUGAGGGCAAAACAAAACAGGAACAGGAUGAUAAGAUCGAUAAUUCAAAAUCAAAAAAUAAGAAAAAGACUGAUAGAGGUGCGGCUAGCUGUACAGAUAAUUCUUUAAGAAAUUUAUUGUUUAGAGUGUCGGGGCCAGAUGCUUUACCAAGAGAUAAUGAUGUUAGGAUUGAUUCCACUUCUGUUGGAGAUGUACUAAUUGCUUCUAACAAAAAAGCAAGGUCGUCACCAUCUGCUAAUGGUGGAAUGGUAGAGGAGACAGAAGAAGGUUUUAUGAAAGAUUUUAGGCAGGACCACCAUGACUUAGAGGACAUAGAAUCAAUUUGGAGAUUGUCUGCAAGAUUCUGA